AUGGCUAGCCCCGCGCGCCCCUGCAACCACACGGCCACACAGCCACAUCAGUACACAAGGUCUACUCGCAACGGGCAUGGCUGGCCCCUCGCGCCCCUGCAACCACACGGCCACACAGCCACGUCAGUGCACAAGAUCUACUCGCAACGGGCAAGGAGGCACAUGGCUGGACCCUCGCGCCCCUGCAACCACACGGCCACACAGCCACAUCAGUACACAAGGACUACUUGCAACGGGCGAGGAGGCACAUGGCUGGCCUCUCGUGCCCCUGCAAUCACACCAACACACGGCCACGUCAGUACACAAGAUAAAAUCAUUACAAAUUUAGAAAAGGAAACAAAACAGGAACAUUUGAUCGCUGAAGAGAAACAUCUCACUGAAGAGAAACAAAUACUAACUAAAGAACAAUUGCUCACAUUCAAACUUGAAAAAUUGGAGAAGGAAAAUGCAACUCUACUUCAACAAAUAAAAGAACUGGAGAAAGAGAACAACGUUCUAACUAAUAAAUUAAAUUUGACGAAUGAAGAAAAAAAUGAAAAGAAUAAUUCGUUUCGAUUGUAG